AUGAGAGCGGGGAUUGAAGAAGCUUUAAAACGUGGGUUGAGCUCUGACAGACAGGCCAUGAUGAUCGGGGAAAUUGUGGUGGUGGGAGAGCCGGCGAGGGAUUGGCGGCGGGGGGAGGCAGAGAGAACGACAGCCAGCGAGAUCCCUGGGAGCAGUGGGGAUCCCUUCAUGCACGGACAAGGAACUGCUAAGCACUAUGCGGCUGGGGAAUUGAUUGGCAUGGGAGCUAUCGCAAUUGCCUGCCCAAAGACCAAUCUCGCACGGGAAAGAUCGGUGGACGGGCUGAGGUUCGGCCUUGCUGUUUCUUUUUUUGGUCCCUCUGUCGCGAUAUCUUCUGUCUCUUGGGGGAUCAUCUGUACUACGAUCGUCCGAAAGGCCUCACUCGUGGCUACAGAGACAAUGACAAUUGAGGAAAGGCUACCAGGAGUGAGUGGUACCCGUCGCGCAAUUCGGGAGGAGACAGAGGAGGAGAAGGACGACGACAUUGGCGAGGGGAGUACAACCGUUGGGGAGAGUGGGGGGAGGAGAGCAAAAAUGCCAGGCACAUUGUCAACCCAACCGGCUAAUGCGGACUGGCAGGAGUUGCUCGAGGGAGGUGGGAUCUCAACCCUGUCUGGUGAACAAGGGUCUUGUGCCUUGAGUGCCAAUCAGAGUGCCGGGCGGCAAGUGAGUGGUGGUGAGCUCGUCGAGAGUCAAAAUGCGAUGCGGGGAUUCAGUUGUGCAAGUGGCAGUCCAGCACCUACAGUAGUCAACCCGGGAAACCCGCAGCCAACCGGGCUGCAGUGGGUCGGGCCUGAAGGGCCCCGUGCAACCAGUGAUAUCCCUCUGCCAAGAUGUGACCAGAUGCCGCUAACCUCGCGAUCCAGGCCAAGACCCUGCUUGCCAGCAUUUGGCCAUGACUCGGUCCUGAACAGUCCCAUGAUCCGUGGUCCGCUCGAAGAUCUGACAGCGGGACUAAAAGUGGAGAGCAAUCAUCAACUGGGGACUAAAAAUUUAACUUUGGCUGCUUCUGCACCCACGCUCCCCAGUCACACUUCUUGUCACAUUCGGCAACAACGGCACGCCAAUGAUGGAGGACGUGCCACCCCCGUUGGAAUCCCUCGAGUCGACUCGAUGCUAGUACUAGUGCUUGUGUGUGCUGCUCGACAAUUUCUGUGCGCAAUGUACUGCAUCGCAAGCGCAGGAACUUGCGAACAGCGUCAAUUCUCUGGCUGGUGUGCUUCCCCGAUGCAGAUCACUGCAUGGUCGAAAAGCCAACCCAACCCCGGCAAGUCAGGUGCUUGCAGCGUGCCUGGCAUGCAGUCUGUGCAGUUAUCACACCGAGUCACCUGGGCUACGUCUGUCUCUUUCUCAGUUGGGUUAGUAUAUCCACUCACCGCGCUUUUCAUGACUUCGGCAAAUUAUGGUCAAUUCAUCGAAUAUCUCCGAGAAGCAGUUAUACACCGUUAUUAA